AUGACCGAUUAAGAAUCCCACAUACUAUGUUUUAAUAUCAAAGCUACUAAAGAAUAAGCAAUUAGCAUAUCUAUUCUCUAUACUAUUACUCUAAGUGUAUUUUUUGGAUCUCUAUUUGUAUUUCUAUGGACUUAGAGAACUAACAUUAUUCUGAAAGAAAGAAGCUGUUACAUUCUUAUUAUAUAAGCUAUCACUACUUAUGGAUUUGUAAUUUUAUAUCCAAUAGCUGUACUAUUUUCAUAAAAUUAUAUAUAUGAUGACAUCAGCUAUUAUACAAUAAUAUUGUAUUAUUUAAAAUUUUAUAAGUUUUAUAGCUUAAUUUAAAUAUAUUCCAAUUUUAUGCUAUUUGUUAAGGGCAUGUAGAUUUUUUUAUGCUUUUCAAAGACCAUGGAAAUUAUUUAAACUUAAGGGUCUUAGUUUUAUAAUAACAAUGGCUAUUUGUUUUAUUUCAAUAGGAUUACUUGAAGCAUAUACACAAUUCGACCAAAAUAUAUUCUUAUAGAAUGAUUCUGAAUAUAAUAUAGAAAAAGUAAUGCCUAGAUUAGCAUUUGUAUAUAUAUCAUAACUUAUAUUGAUUCUUGCAAUAUUUUUUAUGAGAAAAGUUAAUGUAUAAUAAUUUGAAUUAUAUUUUAGAAAUUUUAAUAGUUUGAUUAUUGGAUAGCAUUUGCUAUUGAAUUAAUUUAAUUCUUAAUUAAAAUAUUUUUGAGGAAUUAGAUAAAAUUUAUUGAUUGUAGUCCAUCUCAUAAAAUACCUUUAUAUUAUUAUAUUGAUUGUUUCAAAUUAUCUUUGAUGUUAAUUUGUUCAACCAUUCUACCUUUAUUUUUUUAGCAUAAAUCAAUAACAGAAUUACCAUUUGAAAUGGAAUGUUCAACAUUUAGAUUAUUUCUAGCUUAACCAUAAUUUAUACAAUUAUUUUAUGAUUACUUAUGUUAUUUUGAUAGAACUAAAUCUUAAAAAUUAAAUAUAGAAGAAACUCAACAAGGAUAAAUUAAUCAAAGAGUCAAUAAUAAUUAUACAACUCUCUUUGAAAAUGAGUAAUAAUUCAAUAUCUUUAAAUCCUCAUUAUCAAAAUGUUUCAUUUCCUAUAUAAAUUUUUCAUUAUGGCUUGAAAAGGAAUAAAACGAAACAAAUAUUAAUUAUGAUAAUGAUAAUGAGUAAUUGUUGAGUUCUGAAUUUUAAUUUUUAUAAGACCUCAUUUCUGAAUAGGCUGUAUCUAAAAUGACCUCCUCUGCAAAAUACAAUAAAUAGCUUACUAAUUAAGGUAUAAAUGAUUCAGGUAGAUUGGAUUUUACUCAAGAUCAAAUCAAUAUAAAUAAAGUUGAAAAAAUAUGGUUAUACAAAGAGAUUCUUUAUGAAAUAUUAAAAGAAGUAUUUGAACAAUAUUUUAAAUUCACUAAAUCUUACUAGACUUUGUAUGAAAAUUGUGAAAGAAAUAGAUAAAUAUGGAUCAGGCUAGGAUAAAUUGGAUUGACUGGUAAUUGUAAUUGA